ACGCUACUGGCCAGUUCACUUGCGUUUGCCGUGAAAACAACACGCAUCCAGCCCGAUCCGAUCUGAUCCCAUACGAUCGAAUUAAAGCCAACGAAAGCGAAAUCUCAAUUAAGCGCCAUGGAGUUCAACAAUCGCCUGUUGCUGAAAAUCAUUGAGCUGGCCAUCGCCAUCGCCUGCAUUGUUUUGUACGAGACGGUUGGCAACAUGACCUCUCAUCCGGUGAUUGUGGCCGGAGCCAUCGGUGGUUACACGGUCAUCUGCGGCGUUUUGCUGAUCGGCCACGUGAUCAACUCGCUGGUGGAGAAGCGACUCAAUGCCCUGUUCUCGCUGGCCGGCUGCCUGCUUUUUGUGGCCUCUGGAGCCCUGGUCAUCGAUGAGUGGCAUGGCCAUUUGAAUACCGACAGGAAGCGCCAGGCCAUUGGAGCCGGAUCCCUGAUGAUUAUCAAUGCGGCCGUCUUCCUUCUGGACACCCUCUGCAUCUGCCGGACGUAAAAAUCGUUCCAUUUGUGGGCUUUAAUCCCAUAUAAAUAUGUAUUUUUUUUUGCAAAUCGAAUAACUCGUGUUGAGAAACAAACAAGAAUCUACUGUAUAUGUUAAUGUUUUUAUUUUUUUUUCUGUUUUUUUGUGUACCUCUACAAGCAUUCUAGAUAUUUAUACGUGUCUUAAGCUAAUCUCAGAUAAACGCACGCAGAUUAUUUACAGGAACCCAUUAAAUAUAUAUAUAUAUAUAUGCACAUAUA